AUGGUCAGAGUUAUUGACCCAUCUGAGGAUGAACUUGUGGUCAGAGUUAUUGACCUAUCUGAGGAUGAACUUGUGGUCAGAGUUAUUGACCCAUCUGAGGAUGAACUUAGGGUCAGAGUUAUUGACCCAUCUGAGGAUGAACUUAUGGUCAGAGUUAUUGAUCUAUCCGAGAAUGAACUUAUGGUCAGAGUUAUUGACCCAUCUGAGGAUGAACUUGUGGUCAGAGUUAUUGACCUAUCUGAGGAUGAACUUGUGGUCAGAGUUAUUGACCUAUCUGAGGAUGAACUUGUGGUCAGAGUUAUUGACCCAUCUGAGGAUGAACUUGUGGUCAGAGUUAUUGACCCAUCUGAGGAUGAACUUAGGGUCAGAGUUAUUGACCCAUCUGAGGAUGAACUUAUGAUCAGAGUUAUUGACCCAUCUGAGGAUGAACUUAUGGUCAGAGUUAUUGACCUAUCUGAGGAUGAACUUAUGGUCAGAGUUAUUGACCCAUCUGAGGAUGAACUUAUGAUCAGAGUUAUUGACCCAUCUGUGGAUGAACUUAUGGUCAGAGUUAUUGACCUAUCUGAGGAUGAACUUAUGGUCAGAGUUAUUGACCCAUCUGAGGAUGAACUUAUGAUCAGAGUUAUUGACCCAUCUGUGGAUGAACUUAUGGUCAGAGUUAUUAACCCAUCUGAGGAUGAACUUAUGGCCAGAGUUAUUGACCCAUCUGAGGAUGAACUUAUGGUCAGAGUUAUUGACCAAUCUGAGGAUGAACUUAUGGUCAGAGUUAUUGAUCUAUCCGAGAAUGAACUUAUGGUCAGAGUUAUUGACCCAUCUGAAGAUGAACUUGUGGUCAGAGUUAUUGACCUAUCUGAGGAUAAACUUAUGGUCAGAAUUACUUUCCUAUAUUAUUAA